AUUCCAUCACUAGCUGUAUUGCACUUUCAGAGGUCCAGUUCUCAAACUUGUUCUUCGUCUCUUUAAAACAAGUUGUCAUAAUUUAUUAUAUUCUCCAUUCUUAUAUACUGUAUGUAAGUUAGUCUAUACUCUAUUACUCAUCUUGUUGUUCAAACACGAAAGGAACUUUUGAAAAGAUGGGUCAAAACAAUCUCCUCUCAUUGGCCCUCUGGCUUCUUCCCGUGAGCUUAACUGUUGUUGUCUCUGCGCAGGUUUGCUUGGAAAAUUUUGGAACGUUUAGACCAGGUGGUACUUUUGACAGGAACCGUCAACUUAUCCUCUCAUCUCUUGCAUCUGAGGUGGCAGCUAAAGAUGGCUUCUUCAACGUUUCGGUUGGGACGUAUCCUGACCAGGUCUACGCGCUGGGGAUGUGCAUCCCAGGCGCUAAACAAGAGUUUUGUUCGGAUUGUAUCAAGGCUGCGUCUGACCAGUUAAUACAGAGCUGUCCCAACCAGGCAGCAGCUUUUUAUUGGUCAGGUGGAGGUGAAACUCUAUGUAUGGCACGCUACUCUAACAGCCCGUCUUUUAGACCGGUGGAUACAGAUUCACCUUCUUAUGGUGCCAACGUUGAAAAUCUCAGCACAAACUUAACAGAUUUUGACAGGUUCUUGGAGCGAUUAGCAGUUCGUAUGGUGACCGCAGCUUUGUCAUCAUCAGGCAAGAAUGUACCAUUCUCUAACAGUAGAUUCUACGCAGCUGAUGUAGCAGCCUUGACAAGCUCUAUAAAUGUAUAUGCGUUAAUGCAAUGCACCCCUGACGUCUCUCCCUCUAAUUGUAAGACCUGUUUACGACAAAGUGUUGAUUACUAUAUAGAUUGCUGUCGUGGGGAGCAAGGCGGCUAUGUGUAUUGGCCUAAUUGUCUUUUCCGGUUGGAUAUGUACCCCUACAAUGGCGCCUUUAGUCCUCUUAAGUUAGCGCCUCAGCCUACAUCUCAGCCUGCUUUUCAACCUGCAUCUCAGCCUGCUUUUCAACCUGCAUCUCAGCCUGCUACUCAACCCGCGUCUCAGCUGCAGUCCCCACCUCCCCUGACCAACGAAGAUGGGAAAACGAUUGAUAAGGGAGCUAUCAUAGGAAUUGUGGCUGCAAUGCUCAUAAUCAACAUGUAAAUGUAAAUUGAAGUAAUUUGUUUUAAAUGAUAAAUUUCCAUGUAUCAUCUGAAUUUUUUUUAUUUAAUUAU